AUGACAUCCAGCUUUCUCUCAGAUCUGGUACAGUACCAGCGACUGUUUCUAAUGAUGAUUGUGUUAGGAGUGGGUGGAAACCUCCUUAUUGGCUUCCAGGUUUCUGUGAUCACCUAUCCUUCUGAGGAUAUAAAGAGAUUUAUCAAUGCAACCUGGGUAGAACGGUAUGGCUCUCCCCUUCAUCAAAAAACCAUCUCCCUGCUCUGGUCCUUGGUUGUGUCUCUCUACUGCGUGGGAGGUUUGUUGGGCUGUCUGUGGAGUGGACCUCUGGCAAAGAGAUAUGGAAAAAAGACAACCUUCAUGAUCAAUGAUCUGAUCAUAAUUUCAGCUGCCCUUCUCAUAGGCUGCAGUAGGACUGCUAGAUCUUAUGAAAUGAUUCUGAUUGGACGCUUCCUCUAUGGCAUCACUGCAGGUAUCUGCCUGAACAUCCAUGGACAGUACGUUGGAGAAGUUUCACCCAAGAAGCUGAGAGGCUUUGCAAACACCACAUCAUCUGUUUUUUUUGCACUAGGAAAAGCCUUGGGGCAAUUGAUGGGCUUAAGAGAACUCUUAGGCACUCAAACUUUCUGGCCUUUGCUGUUGGCUUUGUGUGGAUUCGCAGCCCUGGUGCAACUGCUGCUCUUGCCAUUCUUCCCAGAAUCCCCCCCAUACCUGUUGCUUGAAAAGGAUGACAAAGAAGGUUGCUUACAAGCCAUGAAAGACCUCUGGGGUGAAGGACAUCACCAAGCUGAGGUGGAUGACCUGAUGAAGCAGAAGGCCUCCAUGAGGAAUUCCAAAAGCUUAAGCAUUCCAGAAGUGAUGAAAGAUAAAUCCCUACGGCCGUCUUUAUGCAUUGUCUUUCUGCUGACAAUGAGUAUGCAAUGGUCCGGCUUGAGUGCAAUCUACUUCUAUGCCUUUGAAGUUUUCCGCACAGCCAAGGUGGAGGACGUUCUUAUACCCUAUGUAGCACUAGGAGUUGGCACCUGUGAAUUCAUCUCUGUGAUCCUGUGUUGCUCCAUAAUUGACCACAUUGGCCGAAGGAUUCUGCUGUGGGGAGGCUGUGCAAUGAUGGCUUUGGUUUUGGCCUUUCUCAUAAUGACCCUCUCUCUUCAGGAUAAGUUCCCUUGGAUGUCCUACUGUAGCAUCGCCCUCAUCUUCUUGUUCGUAAUCUCUUUUGGACUUGGUCCAUGUGGUGCUGUCAUCUCUGUCAUGGUAGAGAUUUUCAACCAGUCAGCAAGAGCAUCAGCAUUUGUCAUUGUGGGCACCACCAGCUGGAUGUGCCUCAUUGUGGUUGGGAUGGGCUUUCCCUUUGUUGUGGAGAUCCUCGGUCCUUUGUGCUUCCUUAUAUUUUUGGCCGUGCUCAUUGGGAUAGUGAUUUUCAUCUACAUCUUCCUUCCUGAGACAAAGGGCAGGUCGAUUGCAGACAUCACAGAAGAACUAGGCAGGAUACAGUUUGGAAAGAAAUUCCUACUGACUGCUUUAGGAAUAAAUCUCACCAGAGACCCUGGUUUCUGUACCGAGUUAUGA